CACUGAUUACAAUGCUAUAACCUCAUGUUAAAAUGCCAUAUCACUAAAGUUCGAAUCGCGGAUAUCGGUUUAUCUACAAAUCUUUGUCAUCAUUUUAAAUUAUAUGAAACGUAUUGGAAUUCAUUAUUUGGAUUGGUCCUAUUUUAUUUGACAAAACUGUCUAAAGUUCACGGCUCAGCUCGUACAUGAUCGUGAUCCGUGAAUUUGUUCAAAUUGAAAGUAAUAAUGAAAAUUAAUUGCUUAUUGAGUGAAUAAUUACAAAAACAGAGAGAAAUUGCUUGGAUUCAAUAAUAACAAUUCAUAUAACAUCGAAAUUCGAAAUGCAUUCUUCUAUUAUUGACUCGAUUAAAAGGUCAACAUUAUGUCAUUUGUGUUUAGCAAUAAUUUUUUUCACUUCUGGUCUGAUUAUCAAUUUUGGACAAUUGAUAUUAUACUGUACUGUAAGACUUUACAGCAAAAGUCUUUAUAGAAAAAUUAACUGGUAUCUCUCCUACAGCUUACAUUCACAGCUUGUAUUUCUUGGAGAAUGGUGGUCAAGUAGUAAAGUUAUUAUAUAUGUUGAUAAGGAAGAGUUUCCAAAAUAUUUUGGUAAAGAACAUGGUUACUUGAUAAUGAAUCAUGCAUAUGAAGUUGAAUGGUUAUUAGGAUGGAUAAUUUUAGAAAGAGUUAAAAUACUUGGAAAUGCAAAGGCAUACUGUAAGAAAGCUAUCCAGUAUAUGCCUGUUCUUGGUUGGAAUUGGAAAUUCUCAGAAUUUGUUUUUCUAGAAAGAAAUUUUGAAAAGGAUAAGAAAAACAUUCAUCAUCAAGUUGGAGAAUUAUCUGAUCAUCCUGAUCCUAUGUGGUUAGUUCUUUAUCCUGAAGGUACCCGUUUCAAUGAAGAAAAGCACAAGGCUUCCGUUGAGUUUGCUCGUAAACACAACCAGCCAGAACUAAAGUACCACUUACUGCCAAGAACAAAAGGCUUUAUUGCUAGUCUUCCAGCUAUGAGAGGUAAAGUACCUGCAGUGUAUGAUUGUCUACUGGUAUUCAAAGAAGAUGACCCUGUUGAACCCACAAUGAGGAACAUCCUCAUGGGGAAAUCUGUCACAGCACACUUGUAUUUCCGUAGAAUUCCAUUAGAAGAGAUUCCCGAAUCAGAAGAAGGGAUGGAUAAAUUUCUCAAAAAUCUUUUUGUUAUCAAGGAUAAAAUGAAAGAGGGCUUCCUUAAACAUGGAGAUUUUUUCAAAUAUACAGAAAAUGUACCACGAUAUGAGCCCCUUGUAACAGAAAGGCGGUAUUUUACUCUGCUUAAUACUGUAGGGUGGUCUCUUGUUGUACUAAUCCCAAUGAUCAGCUAUCUUUUUAAAUUAUUAUUCAGUGGUCAAUUAGUUUAUUUCUCCAUUGCUCUAGGAAUCAUAGGAACAUUUUUCUUCCUGUUACAAAAUUUAUUAAGUAUGUCGGACAUAAAAAAAUCCUCCGCUUAUGGCACAAAUUCAAAAAAAAGCAACUGAAGCCAAAUCAUUAUUGAAACUGGAAAUUAUGCUGACCUGUACAAGAUGCUAAAGUUGAUGUGGUAUUAUAGAUGGUAUUAUAUAAGCAAGGUUAUUGGUUUUUACGCGUCCAUAUUUUUAUAGAACAAUUUUACAUUUUUAUUAGAAAGACUGUUUCUAAAAAAUAUAAUUGAAUGAAUCAAAAUAUUGAUCAAAAUAUAUUGAAGUUUAUUUGAAAUAUAUAAAUUAAAUGUAGAAGAACACCUAAAUUGAACAUUCUACUCAGUAAUUGAUGCUUUACAUUACUUUGUAGAGUUAGAAGAAUAUAUAAUGGAGCCAAAUAUUUAAAAAUUUUAAGUCAAAUGAUGAUUGAUGUUAACACACAAAUGAAGUGUUAUUCGAAUUAAAUUAGUUUUUAUACCUUCUUAACAAAUUGCUUCCACUUAAUUUCUGUGGGGAAAAAGUAUUACUUAAUUUUUUCCACAACAAACAAUAGCUUUGUUCAAUUAGCAUACUUACAUGAAGUAAUACAGAACUAUUCAAAAUUAUUUGGUCCUAUAUGCUUUCCAUUUUUUUUUUUCAUGCAUAUUUUUAUGUCUACUUUCUCAAGCAUUGUAUAUGAUUUAAUGGUUUUUUCCUCCUAAUUUCAUUUUAUGAAUUAUAUUCAUUAAUUAAUAUUUAUGUACCCUAAACCUACAAAAAAGUUAUUGUUUUGGUGAAAAAAUUUACAUGUACUGAUUUGUGUAAUCAAAUAUAUUUAUGUUGAUUUAA